GUAUCACGCUUUUUGCAAGGAUACGCCCGAACUCACUUUAUUUCUAUCAUCCAAAAACACAUCAUGUCUCCAGCAUCCACAGUUCCCGUCAAGCCCGUUAUCGGAACACAUAAUGGUGCCUUUCACGCGGAUGAAUUGGUCGCCUGUGCAAUGCUUAAACAAUUACCGGAAUAUAAAAAUGCGGAGAUUGUGCGCACCAGAGACGUGGAUAAGUUGGCCGAAUGCUCAAUUGUGGUCGAUGUGGGUGGUUUGUUCGAUCACACGACCCGCCGGUACGAUCAUCAUCAGAGGGGAUUUAAUUUGACCCUACGCGACUUUCAUCCGUCCACUAAAUGGGAUAUUAAAUUGAGCAGUGCCGGUCUGAUAUAUGUGCAUUACGGUCCCAAGGUUCUCGCUUGCAUCACCGGUGUGCCGGAGGUCGAUCCCAUGAUCGAUGUGUAUGCCGCGUUCAUCUCCGAGAUUGAUGCAAUUGACAAUGGUGUACAGGAGACCGACUCGGUCCCACGUUAUACUAUUCACACAGGUUUGAGCAGUCGCGUUAGCAUGAUGAAUCCACAAUGGAACAAGCCCGACAUGGACGAAAGUAUAUGCUUCACCAAAGCUCUUGCUAUGGUUGAAACGGAAUUCGUCACGGUUGUGAGAAAUUUCGCGGAAGUAUGGUACCCAGCUCGAGCGGUUGUGGCCGAAGCGAUGAAAGCUCGACGCUCGGUGCAUCCGUCCGGUGCUGUGUUUCUGUUGGAGCAAAAUGGUUGCCCCUGGAAAGCACAUGUGUUGGAACUGGAACGUUUGGAGUUGGAAGAGAAGAGCACAUGCACUGAAUUUGAUUUGUCCGAUCGGGCCUCUGUCCGCGGUCGACCGGUGUAUUGCGUGUACAAGCGGAAUGAUGGGUCGUGGUCCGCACAGGCGGUCCCCGUGUCCGAGACCGCCCAGUUCUCAAGCAGAUUACCGUUUCCUGAACCAUGGCGGGGCUUGCGAGACGAAGAGUUGAGUAAAGCGGUCGGUCUUCCCUUGUGUAAAUUUGUACACGCUUCUGGUUUCUUGGCCAUCCACCAGACGUUUGAAGGAAUAAUGGAUCUUGCGUGCAAAUCGUUGAAAAUGGCCAAAUUGAUCAAUGAGGAUGAUGAAGAUUGUGUCGCUUAA